CGCCAAGUAUCUAUUUUCCCAUUUUCCCGUCACUGCACCAAAAACCCAAAGCAAAGCCGAGCAGACAGCAGCACCCAAAGAAAGCGUCGCCGCUGCCGGAGAUGGGGACUCGGGAGGUUUACGAGGAGAAACUACGGAACGGGAAUCUACAUCACGAUCCCACCAUCAACCCUGGUCUCGGCACUCCUCGCUGCCCUCGCUGCCUCUCUCUCCUUGACGCUGAUUCCGAGAAGGGUGAAUGGACUAUAACUUCCGUUUUGCACGACGCCACCGCCGUGGCUGGUUCUGGCAUUGGUGCGAUGCUUAGUGCCGUCCAUGGUUGUAAUACAGGGAUCCCAUUCCUCCAGAAUCGUCUGAAGGGACCCAAGUGGCUUCCGUUCGUAGUUGGGGUUCCUCCACUGCUAAUGUACUCUGGUGCAUCUGCUGCUUUUGGAGGCUACGUGCUUCCUAAGUUCACUCAACUCACAGUGACUUCUUACUACGCUGCAUCAAGUGCCUCACAUUAUGGGAUUUCACUGCUCACACGGAAAAUUGAGGAGGGCCAUAUUUCAAGAGUUGAGCAAGAAAAGCGCAGAUGAUUUCUGGAUUCUUCAGUUUUGUAACUAGAGUUGUAUGUGUAGGUAUAGGUACAUGAACUUUAGGUGGAUCCUAUCACCUCGAAAUUUCGUUAUCAUAAGGAAUGUUGUGAUACACAUGGCAAUCGUUGGCAUACUUGCAGCGUUUGGCUCACUUGUGCAUGUUUUUUUAAACCUGAAAUGCAUAUAGUUUUGAGAGGAAUGAAAGUUAGCCUACAGCUGAUGAUAAUCAAACUAUCUGAACGUUUUAAGAUUGGUAUUCAAAGAUGAACAACUUGUUAGUGGUACUUGUAUAGUGUGAUGGAGAAUUUGAUUUUCUUGAAUGAAAGAUGGAGCCUUUGUUCCUUUGCCGGUUAGAUGCUCCACAAAAGAAGUUCCUUUGGCUUGUAGGCCCCUACCACUCAAUGCAUAUGCUCAUACAGGCUAUAACAUCAGGUGGCUGAGACCCCAGAAGAGAAGUGGGUUAGCUGUGACAGUUGAUAGUGAGUUGCCAGUCCAAUUCAAAUGGUGAAAAGAGUUGGCGAAAACUGGAUGGGAUACAGCCAAAGCUGGAGAGAGACCACUGAUGAAGGGAGAAAAUGAGAGAUACAAACAACUGAUGAAAGUGG